AGGAGGACUUUGGGAAGACAAGGGCAUCUGGGGAGGGAGAGAGCAGGCUGCAGACCCAGAGGGAGGGCGAACAAGAAGCCAGAAGGAAGGAGAGAAGGGAGGAGGGCCGGUAGACAUCAGGGAAGCGACAGGGCCUGAAAGGGAACCUGGGUGGAAAGAAGACACUCAGGGAGAGGAAGUGAGGCAGAGAUGAAGCUAAAGGGGUCUCUGGCCUGCCUCCUGCUGUUCCUGCUCCUGGGCAGUGGGGAGGCUAGCCCGCUGCAGAGUGGAGAGGAGAACACCAGAGAAGAAGCUGGGGAAGCCAUUGGACACGGGGUGGGAGAGGCCUUGGGACACGUGCUGGGAGAAGCCACCAUCCACGGAAUCGAGAAGGCCAUUGGCCGAGGUACUGGAAAGACAGAGGGCUUGGGAAUCAGGGAGGCCAGGGACCCCCACUUGGGGGAUGCUCUUGCCCACAAGCUUAAGGAAGCGAGCCACGCUCUUAAAAACACUGGGAGUGAGGCCGGCAGACAGGCUGAGAAUAUCAUCGGACACGGAGUGGACCCUGCCCACAGGUCCUGGCAGGGGACGCCCGGCAGCAAUGGAGCUUGGGGAACCAAUGGGCAGCCUCCAUCUGGAGGCCAUGGCAUCCCUGGCUCUCAGGGCAGCUCUGGAGACCCAGGGGACACCCAGGACCACGUGUUCUCUGGAGGCUCAGGUGGAAGCUUUGGAGCUAAUGCUCAGGGAGGCUCCUGGGGCCAGGAAGGCCACAGAGGGGCAUUCAAAUCGGGGGCCAACUCUCAGGGAACCGCGCCCCAACCUGGUUCAGUGAGAAGCAGCAACAACAGAAAUACAGAAUGCACCACCCCCCCUGGCUCAGGUGGAAGCUCUGGCAACUCUGGGGGAAGCAGCAGCAGUGGCGCCGGCAGCAGUAACGGUGGAGGCGGCAAGGACGGCGGCAGCAAUGGCAGCGGCAGCAAUGGCGGCGGCAGCAGUAUCGGUGGAGGCAGCAAUGGCGGCGGCAGCAAUGGCGGCGGCAGCAGUAACGGUGGAGGCGGCAAUGGCGGCGGCAGCAAUGGUGGCGGCAGCAGUAUCGGUGGAGGCAGCAAUGCAGGCAGCAGUGGCAGCUCCGGGUCCAGCUCGGACACUAGAAAUUCUGAUCAUGGUGGCUCCUCCCAGGGAAACAAUCCCAACUCCUCCUCGGGGGGCAGAGUUGGAAGUGGUGGCGGGAACAAACCCGAGUGUGACAACCCGCACGUGUCCGGGGGAUCUGGGGGUCAGGGGCAGGGCUCCCGUGGAGAAGGCGAAGCUGUCAGUGGAAUCAACACCUUGAACUCUCAGACAUCUUCUGAGCCCUUCAACUUCGACACUUUCUGGAAGAAUUUUAAAUCCAAGCUGGGCUUCAUUAACUGGGAUGCCUUAAACAAGGGCCAAGCCCCACCCCCCAGCACUCGUGCCCUCCUCUACUUCAGGCGGCUCUGGGAGGAUUUCAAACACAACACCCCUUUCUUGAACUGGAAAGUCAUUACUGAGGGCGAGGACAUGCCUUCGCUUCAGAAGAGGGCAGGUGGGGCUGGCCAGCCUGGCACAGGAUGGCAAGACGCAGUAGCUGGGACUGCUAAGAACUACAAUUACAACCAUCAGGGACCUCCUGCAGCCCUUGGCGGGCAGUACCCAGCCAAGACACCCGCUAAGGGGGGAGUCACGGUUUCUUCCUCGGCUUCCCGGACGCACCCUGGCCUGCUGCAGUGGGUGAAGUUUUGGUAGACAAGCACUUCCGACCGUGACUGAGGCCCUGAGAAACAUGGGUCGUCAAGGGACCGGACUGUGCCCGGGCCCCAGCUCUUGGUCUGAGCGCCAACACCUGCCUUUUCUAGCUUGGGGUCCUGCCUGCCUGUCCCUUGUCUCCCCCCACACACUGUGGUGGUGUCUCCUUGACCACCAGUCUCAGUGGUACCCCAGUCGUUUCUUCACCAGCUCCAUUUUGUGACCUGAAGUCACCGUGACGAAAAUUCAGAAGGAGCGUCCUACUUUAGUUUCUCUGUGGAAAUAAAACACGAAUCUUGUAUCCCUAA